UAUGAAGAAAGUGGCGGGGUGGUUGGUCGAGUUGCCGACACUGGUUGGAGGAGUUGGUGUCGGAUGCUGUUUUAUGCAAAUUCAUGCAUCUUUCACUAUGGAAACCGUUGUCACAUUACGCCGCUUUAAUCAUGGACAAGAAAACCAGAAGGCGACACGGUUCUGGUCCAACGGAUAGGCGCAAAUCUUCCAUUCUCAGGCAGUUGCAAGAAAACAGGCUCAGAGAGGCUCUGGAGGAAGCUUCUGAAGAUGGGUCUCUCGCAAAAUCCAGAGACAUUGACUAUGAAUCGCCAAAUCAGGACAGAAAUGUUCGACGGUCGAGAUCUCUCGCUCGACUUCAUGUCGAAAAGGAGUUUCUACGCGCCACUGCACUCGCCGCCGACCGGACCUAUUGCACCGGGGAUUUGAUUCCAAAUCUCUUUGAUGCCUUCACUAAGUUCCUCACUAUGUACCCAGAAUUCCAGUCGUCGGAAAAAAUCGACCAGUUGAGAUCAGAAGAGUACGAGCAUCUCUCAGAGUCGUUCUCGAAGGUAUGUCUUGAUUACUGUGGUUUUGGUUUAUUUUCCCAUGUUCAAACGCAGAAAUUUUGGGAGUCUUCUGCGUUUACUCUCUCUGAAAUCACUGCCAAUUUGAGCAACCACGCACUUUACAGUGGCGCCGAGAAGGGCACGAUUGAACACGAUAUCAAGACUAGGAUUAUGGAUUAUCUGAACACUUCUGAGAAUGAAUAUGGGCUUGUUUUUACAGCCAGUAGGGGAUCGGCCUUUAAGCUCUUGUCCGAGUCUUACCCUUUUCAUACAAACAAGAAAUUGUUGACUAUGUUUGAUCAUGAGAGUCAAUCUGUGAGUUGGAUGGCUCAGAGUGCUAAACAAAGAGGUGCAAAGGUUUACAGUGCAUCGUUUAAAUGGCCAACAUUGAGACUCAGCUCAAGGGAGCUGAGGAAACAGAUUACAAACAAGAGGAAAAGGAAGAGGAAGAAGGAUUCUGUUGGUGGCCUUUUUGUGUUUCCUGUUCAAUCAAGAGUCACAGGGGCGAAGUAUUCUUACCAGUGGAUGGCACUUGCCCAGCAGAACAAUUGGCAUGUAUUGCUCGAUGCUGGCUCGCUCGGUCCCAAGGACAUGGAUUCCUUGGGGCUCUCCCUCUUCAGGCCAGAUUUUAUCAUCACGUCGUUUUAUCGUGUUUUCGGCUCUAAUCCAACUGGGUUUGGCUGCCUGUUGAUUAAGAAAUCUGUUAUAGGGAGCUUGCAAAACCAAUCUGGGCGGACUGGUACAGGAAUGGUGAGGAUACUCCCCAUUUUUCCGCAGUAUAUUGGUGAUUCUUUUGGUGGUUUGGAUGUCUUAUCUGGGAUUGAAGAUGAUGCAAUCAAUGAUCAGGAGGAUUCCGAAACUGAGAAGCAUCAGGAACCACGCAUGCCUGCUUUUUCAGGCGUGUUUACGUCGAACCAGGUGAGGGAUGUGGUCCAGACUGAAAUGGAGCAAGAUUAUAAUAGCUCAGACAGGGAUGGGGCAAGUACCAUUUUUGAGGAAGCUGAGAGUAUCUCAAUUGGCGAGGUUAUGAAGAGUCCAAUCUUCAGUGACAACGAGUCGCCAGACGACGAUUCAUAUUGGAUUGAUUUGGGUCGGAGUCCAUUCGGUUCUGAUAAUUCAGGCCAUUUGAUCAAGCAAAAAACAUGGUCGCCCUUACCACCAUCUUGGUUUUCUGGAAAGAGGAGCAGUAGCCAUCUUUCACCAAAACCAGCAUCUAGGUUGAUGAAAAGUCCUAUGUAUGGUGAUGAUAAGCAGGCAAAGGAUUCUCGUGUUGUUAGUGAAAUUCGGGAGGAUUCAGAAAUUGGAGAAGAAUCGAUUUUGACGAGGUUGAAUUUUGCCUCAAACGGAACCCGACCUGCGAAUCAAACAUCUGAGUUUCGGGAUCUGAAGCUCUCAAAUUCCACUACAUCAGGUGCCUUCAAAGACCUGAAGGAAAGUGCUAUAAGAAGGGAGUCAGAGGGGGAGUUCAGACUCUUGGGUAGGAGGGAAAGGAGUAGAUUUUCUGAACUUGGGUUCUUUGGCUUAGAAGAGGGAGGUAGCGCGAUUAGCACGGGUCAUCGGGUAUCAUUUAGCGUAAAAUAUAAUGGAAAGCAAAGUUUGCAUGACAUGUUCGAGCUUGGAGAAGCAUCUAAUGCAGCCUUUGGCGAUGAGGAAUCGACCAGUGAUGGAGAUUAUGACGAUGAGCAAGAAUGGGGAAGGAGGGAGCCUGAAAUGAUCUGUCGUCAUCUCGAUCAUACUGAUAUGUUGGGCCUCAACAAGACUACCCUCCGACUAAGGUAUCUCAUUAACUGGCUUGUCACUUCGUUGCUUCAACUCCGGUUACCCGGUCGAGAUAGUGUAGGGGUUCACCUUGUACAACUGUAUGGACCAAAGAUCAAAUAUGAAAGAGGUGCUGCAAUUGCUUUCAAUGUAAAAGAGAGCAAUGGAAGAGGGCUAAUACAUCCGGAAGUUGUACAAAAACUGGCUGAAAAUAAUGGAAUAUCUCUUGGAGUUGGCAUUCUUAGCCAUGUGCAGGCGAUGGACGUUCCGAAGCAGAAUUUGGGACAGUGCAAACUUGAAGACAUGGCGUUGUGCAAACCCAUGGCUAAUGGACAUAACAAGAAGAAACCAUUUUUCCGAGUCGAGGUCGUCACAGCUUCCCUUGGAUUCCUCACCAACUUUGAAGAUGUUUAUAAAAUGUGGGCUUUCAUAGCCAAGUUUCUAAAUCCAUCAUUUCUUGAAAACGAAACUUUGUCUUCCAUCCCUGAGAGUUUGGAAUCCUAUCACAGGAGCCUGUUUUAGAACGUGCUUCUCCAUGUUAAACAUCAACGCGAAACUGUGAAAGUCUAACGCUGCCUGCUAAGCUGGUGAGAAUGCAGUCAUACUGACUGAGACGACGAACACACGACUCGUGCUCGUUGUGGCUGGCUCCACCUUCAGUGAAACUCGUACCGGUUUGGCUGGCCUCCGCCAUUGAUUGAUCUUCUUAUAUAGAAUAUACAAGAUUGCAAGCUACGUAGGGUGUUGGUGCUUUUAACUCUCUGCCCACAGCUAAUUUACAAACUUAUUUGAGAUUGUAAAUCUUUUGUGCAUUUCCUGACAGAUAUAGAAUCUCUAGUCUUUGUUUUUGCCUUGAUCUUCUGUUUUGAUUGUAUUUGUUUGUAUAAGGAUGUAAACUGGUCGUUACUUAAUGGAUUUCUCUUCCAUUUUCUGAUA